CCAAACUGUAUCGGUUCUCCCGGCCGAAUUAUUAAAUCCGUAUCGCACGCCGGAGCCACGGAGGGAUCCGAUGCCGCCGCCGCGACUCGGGACCGCCUCGGUACGAUAUCGCUGUAUCAGCAGUACGAGUUUUCUCGCGUCUUCCGCCGGUAGCGCCCCUAUUUGCGUUCGCGACGCCGCCGCCGCCAAAUUGCGUUCGUGUUCUUUCAUCAUCCGAUCGUCGCACAGUUCCGACACCGCCGUUGAAUUCCGUUUUUGUCGUUCCAUCCGUUUUUUUUUUUUUACAUCCGCGUCGGUCGCACGUCGUCCGCGAAUAGGCGUGUGUACGCAGUUGUAUCCGUCGUCCGGCCCGGAAGAUCUUCCGGCGGUGCCUGCCCCCCCGUUUCGCGCACCCCGUCUCCAACGGGAAAUCCGUCGUCGUAGUCGUCGCCGCCGUGUGUGAUGAAAGGCGUCGUCGUCCAGUCGUAGGGUGUACAUCUUUGUUACAGAUAAUAAAAUAAAACUAUGGACGAAUCUAAAGAAAUAACCGAUAAUGGGACAACACUUCUUACCCAACAAAAUAGAAAACAACAUCAUCAAGCAAUUGUAUGGCGCAAUGUCAUGUUGUUUGGUUACCUUCAUUUGGCUGCUGUUUAUGGUGUGGUACUAAUGUUUACCUCUGCUAAGAUUGCCACAACUAUUUUUGCAAUAUUGAUGUAUCAAGUAUCUUCAAUUGGCAUUACAGCUGGAGCUCAUAGACUUUGGUCGCAUCGGGCAUAUAAAGCCAAAUGGCCAUUGCGUGUGAUAUUAAUAAUAUUCAAUACAAUAGCUUUUCAGAACCAUGUGUAUGAAUGGGCUCGUGAUCAUAGACUACACCACAAGUAUAGUGAAACAAAUGCAGACCCACAUAAUGCAAACAGAGGAUUUUUUUUUUCUCAUGUCGGUUGGUUGUUAUGCCGAAAACAUCCAGACAUUAUGGAAAAAGGACGUGGUAUUGAUAUGUCAGAUUUACUAGCUGAUCCAAUUGUUUCUUUCCAAAAAAAGUAUUACAAGUUACUGAUGCCAUUACUGUGCUUCAUAUUACCUACAAUACUACCUGUGUACUGUUGGGGUGAAAGUUGGGCAAAUUCUUGGUUUGUGGCCACUAUGUUUCGAUAUACUUUCUCGCUGAAUGUCACAUGGUUAGUAAAUAGUGCUGCACACAUGUGGGGUGGAAGACCAUAUGACAGGUUCAUAAAUCCCUCUGAAAAUAUAACUGUAGCUUUGUUGGCAUUGGGAGAGGGUUGGCACAACUAUCAUCAUGUGUUUCCGUGGGAUUACAAGGCAGCAGAGUUGGGUGAUUAUAAACUCAAUAUGACAACUGCAUUCAUCGAUUUCUUUGCAAAAAUUGGAUGGGCAUACGACCUGAAAACUGUGUCAGCAGAUACUGUACGUAAACGUGUAGAACGUACUGGCAUAAGUGGUCAAGGAGAUGCUCAGACAUCAUGGGGUUGGGAUGACAAAGAUUUGCCACCCUCUGAUCGCGAAGCAGCUACAAUUAUUAACAAGCAAGGAUGAGUAACUUAAACCAAAGAAUGUAUUUUAAGUUUGUAUUAUGUAUCAGUUAACUGUAUUCUGAGUUCCACCGUGUGUAUUAUGUUGUAUAUAUUAAUAUUAUGUUUACCACGAUUAAAGUUUAUUUGUUUAUACAUAA